AUGGCUACCUUAUCUCCUACAGGAGCACUGGUGAACGAUGUGUCCUUCACUGAAACCGGAGAGUUUGAGGAACUCUUUCAAGGUUGCAUUGGGGCCAACGGUUAUAAUUACGUUACAGCACCAGAAGGGCAUACUAACAAUGCUCAAAACUUUUCAGUUCAAGACCUCCCAAGCACCGCCAUGGCGCAGGACGCUGGUGUUUUUGGGGAUCUUUCUGAUCCUUUCACUACGGGAGAGGAUAUAGACCUGUCGGCAUUGCCUCCAUGGGAUUCAGAGCACAGUCAUUCUGCAAUCCUCGACAACGCAGUAUCGCCUGAAAUUGGGGAUAACCAAGCCAACCCUAAUGAGGAUAUUGGGAGUUCUGAUCAGACUGCGGCUGUCCAGAACAUGAAUCCCAGUACUACUGGGCAGUCCACUGCUACGGCUACACCUCAGCCCGGAACCAUGUCUGGAGACCUGAACCCUAGCACUACUGAGCAAUCCGCCGCUACGGCUUUGAUGCAUCCUGGAUCUGUGCCUGUAAACCAACAUAUGGGAAAUCUGGCGCCUCCAGAUGCCCGUCUAUUUGCUUCUACUUACUUCACUGGUGUGAUUGGCCCUAUCAUGGGUCCUAUAAACGGUGUUCAGCAAACCACCUUGAAGCAAACGCGCGAAUCAUUACCAAGCGGUUACUCUACCCUCCCUUGUUAUGCUCUUGGGGCUGGUGUUGCUGUCAAUAAUUCGGGUGUCUCAUUUACUGAGGCUGACAAUGAGGACUUCUUUAAUCGUGGAAACAAUUACGUGAACAACGCUCCCAGCAACCUCGUGGGAAAUGCCCCUGGCAACCAUGUGGAUAACGUCUCGAGGAGCUCACAUAACGCCACCCCCACUGACCAGGCCGCAAGCAUGCUCGGCAAUGUAACCGGAGUACAGGACGUCUCUUCAAAUAGUUCUCAAAAGAGUACUCCACCUUCGCAGCCAGUCUAUACUGCUGGUGGGCUUCAGGGAACUACUAUGCCGGCAAACCAAGUGGAUAGAAACCGUUCUAGUUCUGGUUCUUCCGGCAAUUCUGGUACGUCCCAGAAGUGCAAAGCAUCUUCGCCUGGCGAUCAGAUUACCGGCAACCCUGAAAGCCAGUUCACUGGACAUCAGAACACCGAAAGCCAGCUCAUCGGACAUCAGAUGGCUGGAAAUCAGUUCACUGGAAACCAGAUGGCUGUAAAUCAGUUCGCCGGAAGCCAGAUGAAUGAGCAUCAGUUCGUCGGAAGUCAGAUGGCUAGCAUCGGAAAUCAGAUCACUGGAUUCACACACCAGCAAGGGACUCAAGUGUAUCAGGGUAUCUUCCCUUCUCAGCAGGUUGCCUGCCAGAACGGCACUAUGAUCCAAUCUUCGCCGGAGACUGGAUCUGAACCAAUGCACUCCAGUCCAGCCGAAUACCUCCCUGGCCAACUUGGGGCAGUCGAGGAAUUCAACCAAGGCAUAUCAUCUGGAAGCAGCAGAAACUCUGUGCAGCAGAACAGCCCCUCUGAUGGUCAUUAUGCGCCCCCCGGUCAAGGCGAAGCCACCUUCCCGAUUGAUAUUUCUGGCCAGCCGGUCAUGACCGCCCAGGCCCCUGUUCAUAACCCACAGCCAAGCCCCGUAUCACUGAUGGACCAGCUGAUGAACCCGGAAGCUUAUAAUGUAGACUGCGGUACGCUGUACUCUUCAGUCGAGGAAGCCAGGGCAGCACGCCCGGUGCAGGAUGGCGUUCGAGAGGACUCAACCCUGCCCACCAACGAUCUGCAAAAACAGGCAAUUGUUAGGGCCCUAACCAAGGCGAUGCUCAGUUUCAAGAACGCCGAGGAUAACCCUGGAAUGAUCAAGCCAUUCAAAGAGGGCAAGUAUAGCGCCGAGAGAGUCGAAUGCGUGUGCUGGGAGAUAUUGGACUGCGUUAUUACCAGACAAAUCUCGGGCUCGUUGUUGGCAGCUCAUGGACUGAAAAGAAAGAUUACGAGCGAUUUGCUGACGUUCGCUGAACGCAUGACUAAAAUUCUAGAUUGUCUCGAAACCCAAAAAACAAUUUGCAAGCAUCUACUAGAUGCCCCUUACAUGCAUCAAUUUGUUGAUGAUCCACAGGCUGCUCAAAAGCGUGUCAUUGCCAAUAAGACUUUGAACAAGCGCAAAGGUGAAGUGAUGAACGCGGGCAAGCAAGUUCUCGGAGCCAGAAAGGCAGCUGAGUCCACCACCAUCAACCAGGCGGUUAGGGUUGCAGCGGCUACAAUGUCCACAGCGCCUGCUAUGCCUACCAUGACUACCGUGCCUCCAGUAAACAACGCCGGUGCUGCAAUGACCCCAAACAACACCCCUGGCAAUAUUGCAGCGACCGGAAGAAACCCUCUCCCUGCCACUCCAUCCAACACGUCCCAGCAGAUGAAUAUCAUGGCCUCCGCCAACAAAGUUAGAUACCAAACGGCGAUGAGCGCAGGAACCCCUACACCUGUUCCACAAGUCAGACCAGGCCCACAGGGAUACCAGUCGGUACCUCUGAACAGAGUUGCCGCUGCUCAAGCUUACAACAACCGAAUGAUGGGCGCAACCUCACAUCCAAGACAGAAUGCCGGGUCCGUCACAAUGCCUCCAACCGCUCAGGCGUCUCCUCAUCCGUACAACCCGGAGCAAACAAUCAACACCCUGUUGGGACGAAACUUGAUGGUCAAUUAUAACCAGCUCGCUUCGCAAUCUCAUCCAUACUCACAGAUGGGAUAUCCACAACAGAUGGGAAAUCCGGUCCAAAUGGGACACCAACCUCGGAUGGGCCACCAAUCCCAGAUGGGCCACCAGCCUCACAUGGGACAUCAAGCACAGAUGCCAGGUCCUGUUUCAGGUACACGUAAGCGCAGAAGGGAAGAAACGGACGUCGAGGACGAUUCUCCUUCGGCCAAGCGGCAGCAUUAA